UUCACCGACAAGCUCUUAAUCCCCUUGCAAUUAUAACUCCGUGUUGGAAGUUCUAGUUUUCCCGAGUGAUAAGAUAACUCCUAGGGCAUAAAGCCACCUGCUUGACACCAAUAUUGCUAGUUUCUGUUAAAGAUGCUGCGCUUUCUGAUCUUGCUGGGAAUCGGAGUUUUGCUGGGAAUUUAUAUACUUGGAACCGAGGCGGAUUGCAAUGUGUGUUCCAGUAGUAGCAACGUUGCCUGCAUAUCGAAUACUUCGUUCCGGUUUUGCUCAGCCACAUUGCCUUUCGGCCCAGUUUACACGUGUCCCACGGGAUAUUAUUGCACGGCGAAUGACGCAAUAUGUAACACAGAUAUUGGCUUAAGAUCCUGUAUUGGCUGUGGUUCCUGCAAUGUAAAUAACACCUUCGCCUGCCUCACCGAAAGGACCUUUUCCUUGUGCCUGGGCACAACCACUCCUUCCCUGAUCCUGGGCAGCUGUGGCGUGAAUUUGGUCUGUGAUUAUAAUAAUCCGGAUAUUUGUGGCAGUCCCUCGGCAGGAUCCCAGGCCACUUGUCCCAGUGACGAUACUGAAACUGGAGUAGUUACCACAGGAUUGACCCCCACCGCCUACUGUUCCAUCGUCCAGCAGCAUGGAAGAUUUCCCUAUGGCAUUAGUCUCAAUACCACCUGCAAGCAGUACAUAUAUUGUUUCCUGAAUGCAACUAACUGGAGGGGAGGUCUCUACACCUGUCCUGGUCAAACUUACUUCGACAGCUCAACGCAGUAUUGUGAAACCGCAGUGCCGGCAAGAUGUACUCUUGGAGUCGUCACUUUGGGCCUCAGGAAUCUAGAGAUGGUGUGACAAUUAAUACACAAAAAUACACAUAACACAAAAUGUACCUUCUAUUUAUUUAAAUUUUCCCUAAAUAAGCCCUUUUUAAACGAUGGGAAAACAGAAUAAAGUAGA